AGAUCACUCUCUCUGAAACGACGAGGAGCCUCUCCGCCCUGGGCGUUUUCGUGGCUCUUUGGUGUUCUGUAGGUGCUGAAAAAGAUAAAAUAUAUUCUCUAUAUAAGGGUAUAAGGGUAUGGAGGAUCUCCCGUCACUGAGUCUAUCGUCAUUGAGUCGCGGGGGUAACAUGGGUUCUCGAGGGCGUGGCAGAGGGCGUGCUCUACACCGCUACACCAGUCUUGACUCACACGACACUAGUGACGAGGUGCCUCUUAUGAGUCCGGUGCACGUGGGAGGAGGGGAAGAGAGCAGUGGGGAGGAGGAGGAGGACCUACCGGAGGGGUCCUCGGGGACUGGGAGGAGGAGGUGGCAGCAGAGGAUCAGGACUCAGUCUGGUCUCAUUAGCUGGUUCUUUGACCAGGGAUGGCAGCUCCUACUCAGCAAUUUCUUCACCACGGUUAUGAAGGCGUGCUCCUGUAGGAGAGCGUUGAAGAGUAGGUCCAUUUCUCUGGGCCAUCCUGAUAUGCGGCAACAGUUCCCCUCCAACAGAAUCUGCAACCAAAAGUUCAAUGUGGUCACAUUUCUUCCAUUGGUUCUCUUCCAGCAGUUCAGGUUUUUCCUCAACCUGUACUUCCUGGUGAUAGCCCUCACUCAGUUCAUCCCAACCCUCAGGAUUGGAUUCCUGUACACAUACUGGGGUCCACUGGGUUUUGUUCUGGCGGUGACCACGAUCAGAGAGUUGCUGGACGACUUUAAGAGGUUUCUGAGGGACAUGGAAGUCAACAACCAAAGGUUCACCAAACUCACUGCCAAAGGGCCUAUAUCUGUAAAGAGUAAGGACAUUCAAGUCUCUGAUAUCAUUGUCCUGGAUAAGGUACUGUAUUUAGCACUGUGCUAAAGUUGUAGGCUAUGUAGUGAGUUGUCUGGAGAUGACGGAGUGCUGUGUGUGGGCUCCGGUGAGUGUGGUGUGUUGUGUUGCUCCAGGACCAGAGGAUACCUGCAGACAUGGUACUACUGAAGACCACGGAGAAGAACGGGUCGUGUUUCGUUCGGACUGACCAGCUGGACGGAGAGACAGACUGGAAACUGAGGAUGGCUGUACCUUCCACUCAGGCUCUCCCUUCUGACCAGAGUCUGUUCAAUGUCAGAGGCUCUGUGUUUGCCGAGAAACCCAAGAAAGACAUCUACCACUUUAUUGGGAGAUUCACAAUGAGUGACGGCAGGGAGAACACAAAGGAAGAUCCUCUCUCUGUGGACAAUACCAUGUGGGCCAACACUGUCCUAGCAUCGGGGACAGCUACAGGAGUGGUGGUGUACACUGGCAGGGAGACCAGAAGCUCCAUGAACACCUCUUCGCCUCGUUCCAAGAUUGGACUGGUGGAUCUUGAGAUCAACAGACUCACAAAACUCCUGUUUCUAGCCACAAUACUUUUCUCUCUCAUUCUCCUUUCACUGAAGGGUUUCACUGGCGUAUGGUUCAUUUACUUUAUCCGCUACAUCAUCCUAUUCUCAUACAUCAUACCCAUCAGUCUGCGGGUUAAUCUGGACAUGGGGAAGAUGGUGUACUCGUGGAUGAUCCAGCGAGACAGGGCCAUCCCGGGAACCGUGGUCCGCAGCAGUACCAUCCCCGAGGAGUUGGGUCGAGUCGAGUACCUGCUGACCGACAAGACUGGCACUCUCACUCAAAAUGAAAUGGUGUUUCGAAAGUUGCACAUGGGGUCUGUCUCAUUCAGUCAAGACUCCAUGACAGAGGUUACUGCAGCUGUUAGACAGGCCUUUUUGUCAGACUCAGACCAGAAACAGCCGUCGUCUCUUACCUCAUCUCGACCUCGUCGGUCACAGCGAGAACAGUUGGUGGAGUGUGUGAAGGCUCUAGCUCUCUGCCACAACGUCACACCAGUUGUUGAGGAAGUGGAGGAGAGGGAGGAGGGAGAGGAGGAGGGAGAGGUUAAGAUGGACGACGAAGAGGUGGUGAUAUUUCACAGCAACACUGCCUCAACUUCGAGGAAGAUAUCCUACCAGGCCUCUAGCCCUGAUGAAAUAGCGCUGGUGAAGUGGACAGAGAGUGUGGGUCUGACUCUGAUAGACAGAGACCUGUCCUCCAUGACCACAGAGGGCCCGGGAGGUGAGAGAGACAUCUACCACAUCCUCCAGCUGUUCCCCUUCACCUCUGAGAGGAAGAGGAUGGGGGUCAUCCUCAGGCAUAAGGGGAGUGGUGAGAUAACAUUCUACAUGAAGGGGGCUGAUGCAGUCAUGACCAGUAUUGUUCACUACAGUGACUGGCUGGACGAAGAGGUAAAUGUAUAAUGUUGUGACGUAACUUACCGAAACUUAACUUACCUACCGCGGACACUGUAGACAAUUUCGAGAUUUAAAUUCAGUGCCAUGUAUCAGAAUUACUACAGUAUGGUGACAGGGCCAUUACACCACUGCCCCCUCCGUCUGAUGUAUCUAAUCGUUCUUUCCGCUGAGUCAAAGUGCUCUAUUCUUCAUAGUGUGGCAUGUGGCUGGCUUAUGUUAGCUCAUUCCCACUCGCCAAUUAGAACAAUGGUGGGGGUUUUCCAGUCAGUAUAAGAUCAACAUUGCUACACAGUUUCAACAAAACACCUUUACAAAAUGUAUGCUAUGAGCUAUAUAGACAGUACACUAACACACACUGGGAUGCAUCUUCAAUACAAGCACACAAUGACUCCAUUACAGGGUUCAGGUCAACUCCUGGUAGCCACCACCACGUCUUCUUCUGUGGAG